CUCCCCUUUACACUCAUCAUUAUCAUCAUGGCCACCAACUCUGCCAAGGCUGAUUCUCCUAGAGCUGAUAAUGGAUCAAAAUGGACUCCUCAAAUGGCUACCCUUCCAAAUUCCAAAGACUAUCGUCGGAAAGUGAAAUAUAAUCUAUUGUUUAGGACAUUCUUUUGUUGGGUGGACCCACUCUUCUGGCUUGGAUGUAGACGUAGUUUAGAUUUCAGUGAUUUGUAUAAGCAUCCACCUGAGGCUGACUCCAGACUCGUUUUAGACAAUUUUAAUAAGUAUUGGUCAAUGGAAUUGCAAAGAAAGAAAGAUGGCCGUACACCAAGAUUACUUGUUGCAUGGCUGAAGUGCACCUGGUGGAGGGUUUGCAUACAAGGACUCUUACUAUUUUUAGAGGUUUGUGGCAUGGUAGCAUUGUCAGAGUUAUUGGGCUCCUUGACAGACUAUUUUGUAAUUGAAUCCCCUACAUCAGUGGAUACUAGAAAUGCCUAUCUCUUUGCAAUGGGACUCGGUCUAGUCUCACUGGCCAUCAUGUUUUUUCAUGGAAUGAACUUCCAUCAAGGUUUCCUCAUUGGUUUGCUGACAAAGAUAAUGUUUAGCAGUGCCAUUUAUCAGAAAACACUGUCUCUGAGCCAGACUACCGUAGGUCAAAAGACCAUCGGCCAUAUUGUUAAUCUAGCAUCAAAUGAUAUACAGAAGUUUGAAGUAGCAUUUGCUAUGUAUCAUUUUUUAUGGAUUGGUCCAAUACAUGUGGUAGUAGUUACCUAUUUGUUGUAUCUUGAGGUUGAGUGGACUGCUUUCAUUGUGACACUGCUCCUUGUCCUACAGAUUCCAUUACAAAUGACUCUUUUAUAUUUUUAUUCCAAAUUGAGAUUUAAGGCUACCAGAUUAACUGAUAGAAGAGUGAAGGUCAUGAAUGAGGUUAUCAGUGGAAUCAGAGUCAUUAAGAUGUAUGCAUGGGAAUAUGCUUUCAGUAAUGUAGUCUCAGCAAUUAGAAAAUCAGAGAUUUUUAUGAUGUUCAAAUAUUUCAUGUUUUUUGCCAUCAGCAACUUUUACAAGUCGAUAUCCAUCACCCUAAGCAUGUUCCUGGUCUUCUCUGUUUAUGUCAAUAUAUCAGACGAAGGGCUGACCCCUAGGAAGGUUUUUGUUUCGCUGUCCUUGAUAACGUUUGUUCGUUUUACGUCAAUCCACUUCUUUAUCCUGUGCAUGCACGUACUAGCUAUUGCAAGGGUCUCCUGGAUAAGAAUUGGAAACUUUUUAGUUUUGGAUGAUCUUCCCACUGCUACUGAAGAUGAGUCUACCAGCACUACUAGUAAUGGAGAUAAGGAUUCUGCUGGCAUUGCAAAUGGUGAUAUAAGCCUCAAACCAGUUUCAACGUCUACUACUGAUGAUGUUAUGGUGCAGGAUUUAACUGCUUCUUGGUCUAUGGAUAGCAACAAAUUAACAUUAAGAAAUAUAUCAUUUACCGUCAAUAAAGAAAAACCAUUGUUGGCUGUUGUUGGCAGUGUAGGUUGUGGCAAGUCUACUCUUCUUCAGUGUCUAUUGAAAGAGCUACCUGCUUUGAGUGGUACAGCAAUGAUUAAAGGAUCAGUUGGGUAUGCUAGUCAAGAAGCAUGGGUGUUCUCAGCUACACUGAGAGACAAUAUACUCUUUGGUUUACCGUAUGAUCCUGACAAAUAUCAGUCUGUGAUAGAAGCAUGUGCUCUUGAGAAAGAUAUUGAGCUACUGCCUGAAGGUGAUUUUACUCUAGUAGGAGAGAGAGGAGUGACUCUCAGUGGAGGACAGAAAGCUAGAGUGAAUCUAGCCAGGGCAGUCUAUCGUCAAGCUGAUAUUUAUCUUCUUGAUGAUCCUCUGAGUGCAGUAGAUGCUGCAGUCAGUAGGCAUCUUUUUGAGAAGUGUAUUCGUGGAAUAUUAUCAGACAAGAUUGUUAUACUAGUAACUCAUCAAGUACAAUAUCUUGAACGAUGUGAUGCUAUACUUGGACUGAAGGAGGGCUCUGUGUUAGUAUAUGGUGAUGCAUUGGAUAUUCUCAAAGAAGACAGUGGUAUUUAUGAGCUACUGGCUGACGACGAUAACAAAGACUCUGACGAUGGAUUGAAAGUCAGAAAGCAAAGCAUUGCAUAUACUGGCUUGGAGGCACAGACAGGAUUUCAGCGUAAAAUGGACAAUGUCAAGGAAGAAGAUGAAGAGAAUGAAGGAGUGGUUGAUGAUGUGAAGCCAGAUGGCAUUGAAAAACAACUAUCAGAAGAUACAGAAGUUGUUCAUAAAGUUUCAGUACCUGCCGAGGAACGUGCUCAUGGCACAAUAUCACUAAAGACAUAUGUCAAUUACUUUGUUGCCGGUGGAGGAUAUGCUUUUAAUUUUAUUAUUUUAUCCCUGUUCAUUCUAACAGAGGCUAAUCUUGUUGUUGCUGAUUGGUGGAUAUCUGAUUGGGCUGACUGUGAAUCAGAAGCUGGUCUCAAUAGAUCUACUUGUUUACUGUCUGACAACGAACGUAUUGGAAUAUUUGGAGGACUUGUAGGAUCAUUGUCAAUAUUUACAGCAUUUAGAGCAGUUCUUUUCUAUGUUCUAAUGUUGAAUGCUUCAAGAGUUGUUCAUAAUAGGAUGUUUGCUAGAGUGUUGAGAGCUCCAAUUUUGUUCUUUGAUACUAAUCCAAUAGGUCGUGUAUUGAAUCGAUUUUCUAAAGAUGUUGAGUUCCUUGAUGAAAGAUUAGUUAUUAUAUUUUUGGAAUACUUAAUUAUUCUCACUCGUUUCUUUGCUGCAAUGUUCACAGCCUCCGUAGCUAAUCCAUAUGUCCUGAUAGUCGUUGCUGCUUUGUUUGUCACCUCUCUGGCAUUUCGCUGGUAUUAUCUAAAAACUGCAAGAGAUAUUAAGCGAUUGGAAGCAUUGUCUCGUAGUCCUAUAUACUCUCAUCUCUCACUAACACUGCAAGGACUCCCUACCAUAAGAUCUUACUCAAUGCAAAGUGAAGCUAUGAAUCACUUCCAUACGUAUCAGAAUCACAACACUCAAGCCAAUUAUCUUUACAUUGUAACUACAAGGUGGUUUGGUAUGAGGAUUGACAUCAUUAGUUCUUUGUUCAUAGCAAUAGUAGCUUUGUCUUCUGUACCUUUGUCAGCUACUCUCAAUGCUGGUUUAGUUGGUCUAGCAUUAACUUAUGCUAUCUCAUUGAAUGGAACAUUUCAGUUUUGUGUAAGACAAAGUGCUGAAGUUGAGGCUCUGAUGGUGUCAGCUGAACGAGUGAUGGCUUAUGGUAUGCUAGACACUGAGGCAUCUUUGGAAACUGAACCUUCGGUGAAAUUGAGUUCAGACUGGCCAACCAAAGGACACAUUGAGCUAAGCAAUGUUUCCUAUCGUCAUUCAAAUGAAGGACCACUUGUACUUAGAGGAAUUACAUGCGACAUUAAACCAAGCGAAAAAAUUGGUAUUGUGGGUCGUACUGGAGCUGGUAAGUCAUCUCUCAUUGGAGCAUUGUUCAGACUAGCUGAACCAACUGGUAGCAUUAAAAUUGAUGGAGUAGAAACCACUCAAUUGGGCCUUCAUGAUGUUAGGAGCAAUAUGUCUAUCAUACCACAAGAUCCUGUGCUUUUUGGAGCAUCAGUACGCUACAACCUUGAUCCAUUCCAACAAUAUGAUGAUGAUAGAAUAUGGAGGACUUUAGAACAAGUUCAGUUGAAGAGUGCAGUGGAGGAACUAGAAGGAGGAUUAGAGAGUUUAGUGAGUGAAGGAGGAGGUAACUUAAGCGUGGGACAGAGACAGUUGUUCUGUUUGGCGAGAGCUCUCCUUCAGAGUAACACUAUCCUGAUAUUAGAUGAAGCCACUGCUAAUGUAGACAUGGAGACUGAUGCUAUCAUUCAACAAGUGAUACGUGAACAGUUCUCUAAUUGUACUGUACUAACUAUAGCUCAUAGACUGGAUACUGUCAUGGACUCUGACAGGAUUAUGAUACUGAGAUCAGGUGAACUGGUAGAGUUUGAUGUACCUCAUAUACUCCUCAGUCAAUCAUCAUCAUAUCUCAGUAAACUAGUGGAGCAGACUGGACCUAACAAUGCUGAAAGAUUGAGGAAUAUUGCUCUAGAGUCUUAUAAUAAUAGUAACAACAAGAGCACAUGUUUGUAAUUAUUGUAAUUUUUACUCUUUAUUGAUUAAUGCUGCACAGAUAAUUGUGACGUUUUAUUAAUUUUAUAUUUAUAUUUUAUUUUACAAAAUGGAUGAAUCAUGCUGUGCUACACUUCAUAAUUUA